AUGGAAGGGCGCCUCCCCAACACUCCUCAAUUCAUCACCUCAAUAGUUAAUCAGCUAUCCAAAUUCCACCCACCACCAGGCGGAACAGCUCCUCCAGACCAGAAUAAUAACGAUACCCAAUUUCAACCUCAUAACCUUCCAUCUGCAGGAACAAAUAGCAACAACCCACUCACCCAACUUCCGGCUCCCAUCCUCUUUAAAGUAAAACCCCUCCUCCUAACUCUACACUGCCUCUUCCCGAAUGAACUUCUCUUGGCUCUGGAUAUCCUGGACCGGAAGGGGAUAAAGAGGUACGAUGUGUAUCAUCGUGAGCAACACGGAUCAUCAUUGUCAUCAUUACCACCAGCAGCAGAAGAGCGACCGCAAUAUAGAGGAGAAAAUAUAGACCUGGGAAUAUACUUUGUCCACUCUUCGCCAAAUGCUGAUACAGAUGCCAGUUCCAACCAUCCCCCCCAAACCCACCUCGUCUGCCUAAAUGCCUGGCACUGCUCCUGUCCCGCUUUUGCCCUGGCGGCAUUUCGACACCUGGGUUCUCCUGAGACCGCAACGGCAGAAGAGGAAAGCAGCGGUCCUGGAGAAGAAGAGGAAGGCAGAUGCAGAUGCAGAGGGGAAGAAAGUAACCCGCUUUCCGCCCCUCUUCCGCGUUAUACUUACAACGACGGCGACUUGCACAGGGGAAAUAAUUCUUCAUCUACAUCUACAUCUGCAUCUACACAUACACCUACAACCCCUUUCCCAUUUGGCGGCACAUUAACCAGAGACUCGAUGAAGAAUAGCCACCACGAAACACCCGUGUGCAAGCACCUUCUCGCCUGUGUGUUGGGGAGCCUUUGCCCGGCAUUGUUUGGUGGUGGAGUGGAGACGGUUGUUGUUGACGAGAGGGAUGGUAAAGGGGAAGGACAAGAGGAGGUGGAGAUGGCUGGGAGAUUUGCACUAACCUAG